GCAUCGCUGCUCCAGAGGUUUCAGAGUACAUUAGUCAUAGCAGAACACAACAAUGAGACUCUCACACCCAUCACACUAAAUACCAUCUCUGCAGCAAAACGUCUUGGAGGUGAAGUUUCUUGUUUAGUAGCUGGUACCAGCUGUGACAAGGUAGCACAAGAACUCAGCAAAGUGCAGGGUGUUGCAAAAGUUCUGGUGGCUCAGCACGAUGUAUACAAGGGAUUUCUAGCAGAGGAGCUGACUCCCUUGAUUUUGGAAACUCAUAAAAAAUUUAAUUAUACCCACAUUUGUGCUGGAGCGUCUGCCUUUGGGAAGAAUCUUAUUCCCAGAGUAGCUGGCAAACUCGAUGUUGCCCCUGUUUCUGACAUUAUUGAAAUCCAGGCACCAGACAUUUUUGUGAGAACUAUCUAUGCAGGAAAUAUUCUUUGCACUGUGCAAUGUGAUGAAGCGAUUAAAGUAUUUACUGUACGGGGAACUUCUUUUGAGGCUGCACCAACAAGUGGUGGUAGUGCCAGUUUAGAAAAACUAACCCCUCCACCACCUGUUGGUCUGUCUGAAUGGAUUGAGCAGAAGUUGACAAAAAGCGAUCGACCAGAGCUUACUAGUGCAAAAGUGGUUGUAUCGGGUGGGAGAGGCUUGAAGAGCGGGGAAAAUUUUAAGUUGUUAUAUGAUCUUGCGGAUCAAUUGCAUGCCGCAGUUGGAGCUUCCCGUGCAGCUGUUGAUGCUGGCUUUGUUCCUAAUGACAUGCAAGUUGGACAGACGGGCAAAAUAGUAGCACCAGGUUAUUGUCAUGCAAACCUAUACUUACAAACUUUGAGGUCUGUGUCAGAGUCCAGGCUCCCACUGGAGUCUUGUGGGAUAUCAAGUGGCAGAACAAGUUCAAACACUCUCGGCCUAGGUGCCAGUUUGCUGGCAGAAUCAGCUUUGGCUGCUGCAGUAGCCCUUGUGGGAAGCCUAGUGGGUAUUUACGUGCCUAUGCUGCCACCUUCACACAUUCCCAUGACUGACAGACCAGCCCUUUCUGCAGUAGCACAUCUUCAGGUACCUCCUGAUUGUGGCUCCCUGCCCUCUGCCCUGUAUGCUCUUAGGCCUUUUGGUCCGUUCAGCUUCCCGUGCUGCGUGGUUCCUCCGUUGCGCUCUUCCUUACCAUUGGCUCUCUUCUCUGGUGUCCCUUCCCCUGUGCUGAUGUCCACUGUCCACUUCAUAAAAAAUAAAGAUUUGUGGCAUGGCUGUGACAUACGUACAGUAAUUAUUUCCUAUGUGAAAUUAAGUUACUGUGAGGCAAGACCGUUGUCUAAUCUGAUGCCAUGCCCUUAUAUCACCAAAACUUUCACUUUCCUUGACUUCAGUUGCUUUUGGGACUUCAUUUGUAUCAAAGAGUGCCGCGAGCCCCUUGGUACAGAAUCUGUCUGCUGUUUUGUUGCGCCAUUCUCAUCUGGCACGGUGCUGGCAGCAGCCCCUUGCUGA